AUUGCACACCUUAUAUGCUAUUUUCUGACAAGAAUGCUGACAGAAUACCAGGUUUUAUUGGGAGUUCACCAAAAAUACUAAUCGAGACUAGUGUGCUCAGUGGCCAACUAUACCCAAUUAGGCUGUCAAUCACCAAGAUUGCACCUUUCAACAGCAAUAACUCUACAACCAAAGCACCUCAUAACAAGGCAAGGGCAUGUUUGAACUCCUGGAGUCUUGGUCUACAAUAUCAGCCGAAAAGGUCAACAACUUUUUUCCUAACCCUUACCCCCAUUUCCCUAUUCAUGGAUACCACAAAGAAUCAGUGAGGAGUGAGUUGAGGAAUGAAUUGAAAGGUGAGUUGAAUUGAGU